CACAUGCGCAGUUCGUCGAGAGACGACUUGUUAGACCCGGUGAUGUGUUUCUACGCAUGCGCUAAGCUAGCCAAUUUCGCUAUGGAAAUUGCCUACUAGUGUGAUCGGGGACUGGAUAAGCAGUUUUCAUACUGUACUGACUUUGAUGUAAAUGCAUUUAGAACUACAGUGCCUGUGCAUUUGUCAGGAGUGGAACUGCUAUUGACUACUACAAUGUAGCACUAGGGGGCGCUGUUUGGGCGUACAAUAUUUUUCCUAGAGAUUUCCAGUGGGAGUGUUCUUAUGUCAACCCCUCUCCCGCCUGAUACCGACCGAUUUCUCCCUAUUCAAUUCGGAUAGUGUGUAGCUAGUAGUAGUAAGAAGGUUACGUUCAUGGUUUUUAACUUAAAAUCUUCAAAACAUCGCCCGUGAAAACGGCAGGCAUCGGUACCGGUUUUAUUCUGCGAAUAAAUCACUGCAAGCUCGCGGAGGUUCCUUUGCACAGGUGAAACAACCAUUUUCCGCAUUGGUGGAGGAUUGCAUUGGGAUAUCAUCAGCUGAACGGGUCGAUUGAUAUUGGUGUGACUGACCCGGUCAGGUGCCUACUGCCCUGAGAGGCUCUCUGGAUCUCUACAUCUCAGGCUGCGUCCCCCAUCCCCACCUACCCAGGCCUGCGCUACAGUACCCCCUCCCCCACCCCACCGUGGGACUUUGGAGCAUCAUCCUAGCCUGGAACACAUUAAGACUGCUAAGUGAUGAGCGAGUUCUGGUUGUGUUUCAACUGCUGUAUUGCAGAGCAGCCCCAGCCGAAGCGGCGGAGGCGCAUCGACAGGAGUAUGAUCGGGGAGCCCACUAAUUUUGUCCACACAUCCCAUGUGGGAUCGGGAGACAUCUUCAGUGGCAUGAACUCGGUGAACUCCAUUCAAAACCAAAUGCAGUCAAAAGGUGGAUACGGCGAAGAGGCCAUGCCUGUGAAUGUGCAGCUGCAACUGGUGGACACAAAAGCAGGAUAACGUGGAGGAGCAGCUUCACGGUUCCUUCAUGUUGAUGUUUUUCAUCCUGGUCUCCAUGUCUGCCUUCAGUGACUGCUUCCCUCAUCCUCCCUCCCCAAUAUUGGACUAGGGGAUGAUGUUCGCCUCCUGUCCUCCCGCUCUGUCUGUCCUCCUUUGCUCCUCCCAAUGAGCCCAAUAUCGACCCCCCCUCCUUCUCUCCGCCUCAGCCCUCUCCGCCUCAGCCCUCUCAACUCUCCUCGCGCCACAAAUAGAUGGACAGUUUUUGUCACGCCAUUGGAAUGAGGCUGCUCCCCCCCUCUGCCUGUCUGUCCAUCCGCCCAUCUCCCACGGAGGACGACAGUCAAAAGGACAGCAGCGCUUCAGUUUUAGUGUACCUCACCCCUCCAACUUAAGCCAGACGCAAAAAGCAUGAUCCUCAUCUCUACAAGUUCAAAGUGUAACACGCUUCUUCUCUUCAAAUUAGAAUUUUUUGAUGUGAGUUUUUUUUUUUGUAGGGGGGGGGGCUGUGGGGUUUUGUCAAUUCAGUGUUUAAAGGUCUGGAACCUACAAGUACAAAAUGUAGAUUUUUGUUUUAUUUUUUAUUAUUAACAUAUUUCUUUUUAUAUAUAUUUUUGUCUGGUUUGGAGGUCAGAAUGGUGGGUGACCACGUUUGUGAAAAGUGGCUUGCUAUGGCCCUUGGGUGCCAAAAUGUCAGUAGAGCAUAUGGAAUGAUAUUUUUUCUAAGUAAUUUUUUUGUUUUUGACCUCAAGUGAAUUCCACUCCAAUAGGAAAUGUGAUUGUUACUUCGCUGUUGUUUACAUCGUUCCAGUUCCCAUUCCUUGUCUUUAUUUUCAUGAUAAUUGUUCAAUAGAACAACAACUGAUGUUGAAAUGGCAUGAACUGGCAUUUCACUCGACAUUCUACUGUAAAUGUUUUGGUAAACUUGAUUUCAAUAAGCCUGGGCUAUAUGAGUAUAUGCUGUGCAGUAAAAUGUAAAGACCUUUAGCUAUGUGGUACAGUGCUGGCUACUGGUGUUACAGUGCUGGCUACUGGUGUUACAGUGCUGGCUACUGGUGGUACAGUGCUGGCUACUGGUGUUACAGUGCUGGCUACUGGUGUUACAGUGCUGGCUACUGGUGGUACAGUGCUGGCUACUGGUGGUACAGCGCUGGCUACUGGUGUUACAGUGCUGGCUACUGGUGUUACAGCGCUGGCUACUGGUGG